GGCGUCUCCGUGUCAGGAGAGCUGCCGAAAGUGACAGAACUGGAGGGAUGACAAGCUUUUACAGAAAGACGGAGAGAAAGACAGGAGAGGUUUUUCAGAGGAAAGGUUGGGACUUUCUUUAUUCUUUACAGAUGUGACCUAACAUCUUGCACGAUGUCGAAUGUGACGGGAGAGCAGCUGUUCUGCCCUCUGCUACAGGCCAUGAAGGAACACAGCCUCAACAAUAACACAAAGGCUAAUAUUGUGGUGGUUUGCAUUCACGGCCUUGUUUCCUGCCUGGGGAUUUUGGAGAAUGCCCUAAUCCUCUGGGUGGUGGGCUUCCGUCUUCGGCGCCGUACUGUGGCUUCUGUUUGGGUGCUUAACCUGGCCAUGUCUGACUUCUUGGCAACUCUGACCCUGCCACUCUUCACCUUCUACCUUAGCUCCUCACAUAGCUGGGAGCUUGGUGGCCCACUUUGCAAAGCACAGACUUCCAUCUUCUUCUUAAACAUGUUUGUGUCAGCAUUCCUGUUAGCAGCCAUUUCACUCGAUCGCUGCCUUAUAGUGGCCAAGCCGGUGUGGAGCCAGAAUCAUCGGUCAGUGGCCGGAGCGUGGAAGGUGUGUGCAUUGGGCUGGUUGUGGGCGGCAGUUAAUACAUUUCCAUACCUCCUGUUCCGCUCUGUGACUGAGAAACAGGAUGGGAGAAAACUGUGCUAUCACAAUUUUGCCUUGUAUUCAUCCCCUGGAGUAACUCUGGAGAGAGACUGCAAAGUGAGACAGGCAGCAACCGCUAUCUCCAAGUUGCUGGUUGCCUUCCUGUUCCCUCUGGUGGUGAUUGCUGGGAGCUACAUCCAAAUUGGUGUCAGUCUGAGGAAAAGGAGAAGGAGGAGGAAGCAGAGUGCCAGCAGGCUCACUGACGCAAUGAUUGUUUCAAACAACAACGGGGCAUCUGGAUCACCAAACACUCCUACAACCAUGAAAACCAAUAUCUUUCUCAAGCCUCCAUCCUCUGGUCCAUCUUUAGCUCUGACACCGACUGCCUUGUCCCCUUCUACUAAUCCCAGCCAGUUGUCGCAGAGCUUCACCAAGAUGGUGACAUUUGUAAUAGCAGCGUUUGCACUGUGCUGGGCUCCCUAUCACAUCUUCUGCAUGAUUGAAGUCACAGCCCAGUAUUGGCACAAGAAUCUGUACCUGGUGGAGGUCGGGCUUCCCUUGGCCACAACCUUUGCUUUCCUGAAUCCAGUGUUGAACCCCAUUCUGUACGCCUUCAGCUGCCCCAACUUUUGUGUGCGAAUACGACAGAGUCUGGGUGCAGUGUUUGACGGUCUGGUGGAAGAAGGAGGAGGCUUACUGAUGGUGCCAGGGAGAAAUUUAAGAGCUCAUAUCAGACGGAAGAGCAGUCGAGAUGUGAAUCUUGGAAUGCCAAAGGGUUCAUGUUCACCCUGUCCUUCUGACUUUCAACCCUCCUACCCACCACCUUCGCCCUCUAUUGGCCUCAGGGAGAUAUGCAUGGAGCGUACCAGACAAGGAUCGUACAGCGAGGUGGAACAGGAUUAGGACUCUCACUUAACUAAGAGAAAACAAUGCCAUUCUUAAAGAAAGUAGUGAAAAUACCAAAAGCUUGAAAAGUUCAUGUAAAAAUAAGGGGAAUUUUAAAUGAAGGCGUAGUGGCAAGAACGCCAAAGAGAACUCUAACCCUACUCACCAUUGAUUGUUUUCUUUCAAGAAAGCUCAGACUCUUGGAUUUUUGCCUUUGUGUUGCUUAAGCAUAAAGCUGAUGUUCCUUUAGCAUGUGAGAUAUCUUCAAAUGUACAUGUGGAGCUAAGCCAAUGCACCCUAUGAUCUAUGACUUCAAGAGUAAUGCCACUAAAAGCAUGUGGAAAGGGAAAUAGAAGCAUAUAUUGACACGAUGUUCUGCCAUGCUAACAGCACAGGGUAUGAAGGUUGGUCCACCCACCAUUUUGGUCAACUGAAGUAUUUCAACUAGAAUUGGAUGGUUUACUGGGAGAUUUGUUAAAAGCCUGUGGUUCAAAGCAGGAAAUCCAAUGUAUGGCCAUUUUCAAUUUUGUUGCUGAUAUAAACUGUGAUUUAUGAACAAAUAUAUCCUAAACAAAAUGGCGUUGUCAUUAACGUGGGAUGGAUUUUGUGUAUUUAUGUUUAUAAGUGUUUAAAGUUUAUAACUUAUGGUGGGGGGCCCGCAACAGUAUAACCAUAACUCACCUGGUAGCUUUUUAAGUCCAAACAGUCUUCCAGGGACACAUUAUUUCUUUGAAUAAAGUUUAUUUAGUUCAGAAAAUAUAGCAUAGAAUUGUUUCACUUCUCCAACAUUCAAAUUUCACGACCAAAUCAUAGUGCCCCUUUAAACUAUAUGAGCUCAUAUCAGCAGUUAUCUUAAGGCUGUACACUUCUAGUGUUUUUUCUUCAUUGCUUGACUCUAUCCCAGAUCCUGUAUUUUGUAUGUUUGAAUUUUGUCAAAAAUGUAAAACACAAUGCUGGAUUCACUUACUGCCAUACAUUUGAAUAAUUAUUAUUAUUAUGAGUUUUUUUCUGUCUGUAUUGCUUUCAUAUUGAAUUGAAAUGUUUUAGUAUGAAGACGUAGUCAUCCUAUGGUUGGCUUGUUUUAAGUUCAUUUUCUGUCACUUAAAGUCCUUUGAUUUCCUUGUCCUUUUAAUUUCUCAUCGUUUCCAAGUACAAUAUAUGAAAAUAAAAUAAAUGAAUGGCCUCUGAUUUAUCAAGGAGCACAGAAGGUUGAUUGAUAAAACCUAGCAGUUAUGGCAUGACUAAAAGAUAGUAAACCGUAAUGACUUAUCUGCUGCACUAUGGUAUUCAUGCUUGGUUUUUAGAUUUGGGGUCAUGCAGUGUCUAUGUUUUGCCACCAGAGAGCCCUAUAACACUGAUUAAAUAAACAACAGACAUGAUGUGAUACAACAGGACUGUGCAGGUCCUGUAAUCCAAGAGCACUUCAACUCUGAACUGAUGUAAAACCACGUUCCUGAGAUUGUGUUUCAUAUACAUUUUG